GUAGCAGAAGGUCGCGGCAGGAGGAAGAGGUGGCUUUCAGUCCCAGAGCGGGUCUGCUGUUGCUAUUUCUCUGAAGCUCCUCUCGGCCUCUUGCCGAGACACCCCGCCGCCAAAAUGCCUCGAAUUAUGAUUAAGGGGGGCGUGUGGAGGAAUACCGAGGAUGAAAUUCUGAAAGCAGCGGUAAUGAAAUAUGGGAAAAAUCAGUGGUCUAGGAUUGCCUCACUGCUGCAUAGGAAAUCAGCAAAGCAGUGCAAAGCCAGAUGGUAUGAGUGGCUGGAUCCAAGCAUUAAGAAAACAGAAUGGUCCCGAGAAGAAGAGGAAAAACUCUUGCACUUGGCCAAGUUGAUGCCGACUCAGUGGAGGACCAUCGCUCCAAUCAUUGGGAGAACGGCUGCCCAGUGCUUGGAACACUAUGAGUUUUUGCUGGAUAAAGCCGCCCAAAGAGACAAUGAAGAGGAAACCGCAGAUGAUCCAAGAAAACUGAAACCUGGAGAAAUAGAUCCAAAUCCAGAGACAAAACCAGCUCGGCCCGAUCCAAUCGACAUGGAUGAGGAUGAACUUGAGAUGCUUUCUGAAGCUAGGGCCCGCCUGGCUAAUACGCAGGGAAAGAAGGCCAAGAGGAAAGCAAGAGAGAAACAGUUGGAAGAGGCAAGACGUCUUGCUGCCCUCCAAAAGAGAAGAGAACUUCGGGCAGCUGGCAUAGAAAUUCAGAAGAAAAGAAAGAAGAAGAGAGGCGUGGAUUAUAAUGCUGAAAUCCCAUUUGAGAAAAAGCCUGCUCUUGGUUUCUAUGAUACUUCUGAGGAAAACUACCAGGCUCUGGAUGCGGAUUUCAGGAAGCUCAGACAACAGGAUCUGGAUGGCGAGCUGAGAUCUGAAAAAGAAGGAAGAGACAGAAAGAAAGACAAGCAGCAUCUCAAGAGGAAAAAAGAGUCUGAUUUACCAUCAGCUAUUCUUCAAACUAGUGGUGUUUCUGAAUUUACUAAAAAGAGAAGUAAACUAGUACUUCCUGCCCCUCAGAUUUCAGAUGCGGAACUCCAGGAAGUUGUGAAAGUAGGCCAAGCGAGUGAAAUUGCGCGUCAGACUGCUGAGGAAUCGGGCAUAACAAAUUCUGCUUCCAGUACUCUUUUGUCUGAGUACAAUGUCACCAACAACAGCAUCGCUCUUAGGACGCCACGAACGCCAGCUUCCCAGGACAGAAUUCUGCAGGAAGCCCAGAACCUCAUGGCCCUGACCAAUGUGGAUACCCCAUUAAAAGGUGGACUUAACACACCCUUGCACGAGAGUGACUUCUCAGGUGUGACUCCACAGCGGCAGGUUGUACAGACUCCAAACACAGUUCUUUCUACCCCAUUCAGGACUCCCUCUCAUGGCUCUGAAGGUCUGACUCCCCGGAGUGGGACAACCCCCAAACCAGUUGUUACCUCCACCCCGGGCAGAACACCUCUUCGAGACAAGUUGAACAUUAAUCCUGAGGAUGGAAUGGCAGACUACAGUGAUCCCUCUUACGUGAAGCAGAUGGAAAGAGAAUCUCGUGAACACCUCCGUUUAGGGUUGAUGGGCCUUCCUGCCCCCAAGAAUGACUUUGAAAUUGUUCUGCCAGAAAAUGCUGAGAAGGAGCUGGAAGACCGUGAAAUAGAUGACACAUACAUUGAAGAUGCUGCCGAUGUGGAUGCACGAAAGCAGGCCAUGAGAGAUGCAGAGCGUGUGAAGGAAAUGAAACGAAUGCACAAAGCUGUUCAGAAAGAUCUUCCAAGACCAUCAGAAGUAAAUGAAACUAUUCUAAGACCCUUAAAUGUAGAACCACCUUUAACAGACCUACAGAAAAGUGAAGAACUAAUCAAAAAAGAAAUGAUCACAAUGCUUCAUUAUGACCUUCUACAUCACCCUUAUGAACCGUCUGGAAAUAAAAAAGGAAAAACUGUAGGGUUUGCUACCAAUAACUCAGAGCACAUUGCCUAUCUGGAACAUAACCCUUAUGAAAAGUUCUCUAAAGAAGACCUGAAAAAGGCCCAGGAUGUUCUGGUACAGGAGAUGGAGGUGGUGAAACAAGGUAUGAGCCAUGGAGAGCUCUCAAGUGAAGCUUAUAACCAGGUGUGGGAAGAAUGCUACAGUCAAGUUUUGUAUCUGCCUGGGCAGAGCCGCUAUACACGGGCCAAUCUGGCAAGCAAAAAAGACAGAAUUGAGUCACUGGAAAAGAGGCUUGAGAUAAACAGAGGUCACAUGACGACAGAAGCCAAGAGAGCUGCAAAGAUGGAAAAGAAGAUGAAAAUUUUGCUUGGGGGUUACCAGUCUCGUGCUAUGGGGCUCAUGAAACAGUUGAAUGACUUAUGGGACCAAAUUGAGCAGGCUUACUUAGAGUUGCGCACUUUUGAAGAACUGAAGAAACACGAAGAUUCAGCUAUUCCCCGGAGGCUAGAGUGUCUAAAAGAAGAUGUUCAGCGACAACAGGAGAGAGAAAAGGAACUUCAGCAAAGAUUUGCUGAUUUGCUGCUGGAGAAAGAAACUUUAAAGUCCAAAAUGUGAAGCGCAGUUCGUGUUCUGUCACAGGAGGAAUUAAGUGCUGGUUUUCGUACUCCGGAAGGCUGAACCUGAUGUUUAUCUUCAUUGACAAAUUCCCCCAUGAUCUGUGGGGUUUGGUUGUUUAUUCUAAAUGAUAUCGAUCUUACCCAAUCUAUGUAUAAAGACUUUAACUCCACAGGACAUUUUGGGGUUUAAAUUAUGACGACAAUCAUUCGUUAAACAGUGUCAUAUUGGCAACUUUUUUUGGUUGGCCUUUAUUUUAAAAGCGUGAUUUUCAAGUGCUGCCUGUGAGGAUACUCUUGAAUAAAAACAAAAGAUAAAAUUGAGAAUGCAGCCUUUUGUUUGAAGUAAUUGGGUACUGAAGAGUGCCCACAUACCAGCCAGUGUGUGUGGUAUGUGACAGUUAACGCUGGCUCUUCGGUGAUCAGAAUGGUGAUCCAGUGUCUUAAAUGAAACCCUUCAGUGGCAAUCCUUUUGUGGCUGUUAGUUUUUACUGUUUUAGCAUAGAAUGAUCAUUUGUCUGUGUACUGACAAGAUAGAUUAACUUUUUAAUACCUCUUUUUUUUUUCAAUAUAAUUUUAGGGAAGGUCUUUCCUCUGCCCACCUAUUUACAUAUGUAGUUAAUGGACUAGUACUCAAAAGAUUUAAUUUUCCUUGACCUGUUAUUUUCUUGUAAAUAGUUACUGACAAAAGUAUUUUAAAGAUUAAUUUCAGCAAGGUUAUCAGACUUUAUUAAAGCUCUGUGUUUAUCUUAACAAGUCAAUUACAAAUGUAGAAUUUGGGGAUGGGUGGGUAGAGGUGGGGAGAUCUAACUGUAACAAUCCGUGUGAAGUCAUUUAGGGCAGUAUUGGUUGGCUACAGGAUCAGUAGAGGCCAACCAUGUGUUGGACUCACUGAAAAAAUUCACCCAAUCUUAGAAUAUUAGGGAGGGGUUCAUUCCUCCUUAAUGAAAUGAAAUUCCUCCCUCAUGAAUGAAUCCCUCCAUUAAAAGGCAGGGAUUCAUUUAUUCAUUCAUCAGGUGUUUGUUAACUCCACACCUAGUGUCAGAGUCCUGGCAAUAGAGCAGUGAGCAGAGUGGGUGGCCAUGGGUCCUGUUUUGUAGAGCUUACUGUUUAUUGAGAAUGACAGACACUAAAAUUCAAGUGUUGGCUGAGUGACUCUUAAACGUGCCAGGCAUUUGUGAGGGUUGGAGUGGGAUGGUUAUUGAGACACAGUCCUUGCUCUCAUGGAGGUGACAUGUGUGGGAGGAGAUGAUAAACAUACAGGGAGAAGUAUCAGGUCAUGAACUUCCUGUGGAGGGAACUAAAAUGGGGGGAUGGGAAAUAGUGACUGGGUGGCUACUUUGGGUUGGGUGAUCAAAGAGCUCUCUAGGGAGGUAAUAUUUAAAACAGGAUGUGACUGACAUCUUAGAAGGAGCCAUCCAUGUGAGAUUCAGGGGAAGCGCAAUGCCAGCAAAGUGAAGAACCAGCAGCACAAGGGUGUGUUUGAGCAACAAGGUUGCUGUGGCCAGAGUGUCGAGAAUGCAUUUGUGUAAGGCCGGGUUGUAUGGAGCCGUGUUUGUAAGGCUGGAGUAAGGAGUUUGGGUCUUCUGUGAUGGAAAGCUUUCCUUCUGAGCAAAGGAACGACAGGGCUAGAAGCGUUUCAGCAACAUCUUGUCACCACGUCCUCAGACUAGGGUAGAAAUGGUCCUGAUGGAAGAUGUGGAAAGAGUUGAGCAGCAGUUGUUCUGGUCAGACCAUUAAUUUACCUUUUCCUGGAAUCUUCUUAAUUCUAGUUCUUUUUCCCAGUAAUUUUGCAUAGGCUUAGGAAAAUACUUUGAUAUCUGUGAAUAUUGAUGUUAUCUGAUAGUUUUUAUUUAAUUUUUAUUGCAUGCUUUAUUGGCUGAAAUGUUUAGAAUGAUAAUAACAAUGAUACUAGACAUCCUUGUUCUGUUUCUGACUUGAAUGGGAACAUCCAUAGUUCCCAUUAAACAUCCAUAGUGUUUUACCUUUAGACACAGGCUGGCUGUUUUGAGUCAGAUAGUCAUCUAGAAAGGAAAUUUCCCUCUAUCUUUAGUUUUUAAAGAAUUUGAAUUGGGUAUGGCCCUGGAAUUUUGUCAGAUAGCUUUUUGGGUAUCAGUUAAGGCGAUUAUAUAGUUUAUUUUCUUCAUUUGAUUUGUGAUUACAUACACAUGCACAUACACAUACAUGCACAUUUUUGAUUUUGAGAGUACAUUUAUUAAAGUGGGGACAGUGAACAAGGAAGUGCUUAGCACAGAAGAAGCACCAGGAGAGCCCAGGCGGAGCUGCUCUGGCUCCCUGGGAAGUCAGGGAAAGGGGGCCUUGGAGACAGGCUCAGGGGGUCAGCCCGGAUGAGCUGCUGCUGCCCACUGCUCCCCACUGCAGGUAAGGGUUGCAAGCCUCAUGGCCGCCCUUAGAGAUGAGGGGAGAACAGUAAAGAUGCACGCCCGUGGGGCUAGAAGGGUGUGGGCCUGCUCCCCAGAGGGAGCGUGCUGUCGAUGACGUAAUAGAUUGUCCAGCGAUAGGUCAUCUUUGAACACCUGAAAUCAGGUAGAUUAAGGGAAAAAAAAAGAUUACAUCCCUGGCUGGUGUGGCUCAGUGGAUUGAGUGCUGGCCUGCCAGCCAAGGUGGGUCGCUGCUUCAAUUCCUAGUCAGGGCACAUGCCUGGAUUGUGGGCCAGGUGCCCAGGAGGGGGCGCAUGAAAGGCAACCACACACUGAUGUUUCUCUUCCUCCUUUCCCCUCUCUCUAAGAAAAUGAAUAAAUAAAAUCUUUAAAAAACCAUUUAUAGUUUACUUGUAUCUUAUGUAGUCUAGAGUUACACAGAUUUAAAAUUGUUGAUCUAACAGUAAAGACUCAUUUUCAUUUCAAAAUUUGAAGUAAUGCGUAUACUUACAGCCUAAAAAAUGAACAAGAAUCACAUAAUGUCAAAUCCGGUAGGCUCGGUGCAUUUGUAAAGUAUUCAUGCUUUUGCCACAUGCUUUGGCUGGUAAGCAGACGUGCCGCCAGCCUUUGUUAGCGUCCUGUGAAGCACCGCUCUGAGAGUGAUUUUGGUGACGAGUUUCAUGUUCACAUGUAUCACGUUCUCUUACAAGGCGUUCAUUAAAUGGCAGUGUUAAAACUAGUGUUGAAAAGCAUGUUCAAGUCUCAGUAACUUUGGGACAGAAACUAAGUGGGAUAAAGACCAAAGGAAACUACCACUAUGAGCAAGGGUUCUUUUUGAAAGAGUAGAAAUAAUGGUGAGGUAAGAAAAAGCAGUCUCAAAGGAAAGCACUGCGGCAACUGUGGGCUUCUGCUGUUCAGUCAUGCACCCCCUACUUUUACAUUAUUUUGGGGGGGAAAUUAGUUUCAAAAUAUGUGGUGUCCUCUGGAACACAUUCUUCCUAAAAUGUGACUGCCUUAUUGGUACUAGAAAUUUGAUUUGCUAAUAUUUUACUUAGGAAAAUUGCAUUUUCGUGAGUGAGUUUGGUCUUCUGGCUAUGGCCCAGGUUUGGACUGGGAUUUGCUAACUUGUGAAGCAGUUAGGAUGACUGGAUGCAUUUUUCUGUGCAUCAAGCAGUUAUAUUAUAAGCCAGGGGCGUUUUAUUCCAUGAAAGAUUGAAGGAUGGUGCUUAUAAAACUCGAGUUCAGAGCCCUUUCUGGAAGGAAUUUCUCGGUAACUCAGUUUCUUUUAUGAUUAGUAUGUCAUCUAUUUUUAAGUAACUGUAAAAUUUGUUUUCAAAUAUAUCUUUUCAGUCGUGUUUAUUAUUUACUAAAUUUAGGUAACACAUGUCUAGCAAACUUUACUUUUUUGAAAUUUAGUGUGUUUAUUAGAGAAUUUUAUGAAAAAUAAAUUUCUAUUUCUCAGUUUGUUCCUUCUAAGAAAUUUACCUUUUUUUCUAUUUAUUUUUCCUGGACUGGGCUUGCUAAAGGUUAUCUUUUUUCACUUCAAAACAACCAAUUUGGGUUUGUUUAUCAACUGUGAUAUUGUAUUAGUUUCUCAUCAUACAUUUAUCAUUUUUGUUUUUUCUAGAUUUUUUUUCCUGUAACUUUCUGAGUUGUGCUUAUAUUUUUGUUUGUAUACAAAUGAAUAUGUUGAAGGCUUUUGUUUAUCUCAUUUCAAAUAUAUUCACAUUCCAGCUAUGCUGAUAUGUUUUGUUUUCUGGGUAGUUUAUUAUUGUUUUUUAAAUUUUUGGUUUAUUAAGAAUAUUAAAACAUUUCUGUUGGCUCCCCCCCCAGUUUUUACUACUUCUAGGCUUUUUUUACCUUGUAGAAAGAAAACAUGGCUUACUGCUCUGUAGAAUUCACUGAGGUUUGGGGACCUAGCAUUUAAAAAGUGUUCUGUAGAUGUGUGUGUGGGACAGGUGAGCACAUGUUGUUCACUCACUUUAAUGACACUAUUACUGUUUUAUUUUCUUGUUUUUGGUUGUACACUACCAUAGACUAGUCGUGUUGUCUUAAAGUCUCCUGAUACAGUUAUUUCUCUCAAUUUUAUGUCUGCCCAGUGCUUCAGCUCCGUGUAUUUCAGUGCUGUUACAUAGCACCCACACGCUCGUGUCUGUCAGGUUCAGUGUAUAGGGAAGCCUUACUAGUCCGGAAAGUUACUCUUAGUCCAGUUUAUGUUUUUGCCUUGAAUUUUACUUCUUGGAUAUUAGAAUAUUUUUCUUUUUUGUUUGUUUGCUUGAUAAGUUGGUUUUUAUCCUCUUAUUUUUAACUUUUAUAUAAUUUUUCGUUGUUUCUUAAACAGCAUGUCUUUUUAUACUUCAGCCUGUUUUGAGAGUCUGUGCAUUUUGUCAGGGGAGUCCAGGUUUUUUGCUUUAUGUUAAUUACUGACUUCGGUCUUCUGUGAUCAUGUUUCAUGCUUUCUCACUGGUUCCUCUCAUUUCCUGAGUGGACUUUAAUUUCCUGGCUUUAAUUUUCUUAAUGAUUUAGAAAAUAUACAUCCUCUUUUAAACUUUACAAAUGAUUAUGGUAUCAUUUAGGGUUCAGUAUCCAUUCAUGAGAAAGCAACCCUACCAGAGUUUGAACAGGGAGAAUUCAAUGUGAAGAAUUAUUAACUAGUAACAGGGAAUUGAUUAGCCACCGAGAGAGGCCAGGACAUCUCUAAAGAACACAGGACUAGCAGCUGUGGGGAGCCGCCAUUGCUUGUAGACAGAGACCCGAGGGAGGGGUGCACUUGGAAGAGCCCUUCCCCCCCGCAAGGCUGAGACAGAUCUCAUUGAAGGGGAUGUGUGGCCCACUGGGUGCAGAAGUUUGCUGAGGGGCCACAGUGUGAAGUGGCAGGCAGGGCCUCAGGGAAACUCCCUAGGAGGUCACUUGCUGGGCUGCCAGUGACACUUGGAGGGGAGCUGCCUCUGGGCUGCCAGCAGAACCCUGGAGAACAUGCACUGCUGGCUUUCACCCAUCGCUGGCCAAAGUCACGGGCUGACAGUGACUCAGAGGGAGCCACAGGGUUAGCUCUGGAGACAGGUGGCCCCUUCCCCUCGCAGUGUCCUUCUAGUGCCGCCGAGCCACAGUGCCUAGAACCGUGUCCACUGGCAAACGAGGAAUGUCUGUAAGUUACAACGCCAGGACCACAAAGCAGGGCAAGAGGGUGGGUCCGUAGCUGGCCCGGUGACCAUUGUUUUCCAGAGUCACGCUGAAGCCUCAGUUUUUCUUAGCGGCUAAGUAAGGAAUGAAGUUGGUGCCGGAACCACUUUUAAUGCCAUUAACAGCUCCUUUUCGCUAUGGUGAGGGGACUCUUUCUGGUUUUAGUUUUAGGGGAAUCUUCUGGGCAUGUGUGCCGUUUCACCAUUCAGAGCUGUGUUAUUUCAUCUGGUGGUCCUGGUGGCCAGUGUUGGGGUUUCCAUGGAACUUUUUGUGUCUCUGCCCUGGGACUUCCUGUGUUCAGGCCAUUCCUUGGAAGUGUUUCCUUAUUCCUUACCCCUCCUACAGUCCUACAUUAUUUCUUUGGUCCCCUUUAUUCCACAUUUUCAGACAAAGAUAAAGACAAGGAGGGAAGUUCAACAAUAUUAUCUCUUAAAAAACUUUAUUUUUACCAGCAAUACAUGCAUAUAUUUUACAAAAUUAAGUUCUAGGAUGGUGGUGAUGGCUGGAAUAUAACAACCAAAGACCCCCCCCCCCCCAACAACAUUUACAGCGUAACUAGAUGACAAGCUCUCCAACCCCGAGAGCUCCAACAUACGUGUUGGUGGGGAUGAACCACCCAUAGGCACAAGGCCCGUGUGUGCUGAGUCUGCAGGGAAGAAUCAGGGAGGCAAUGGGGUAUCUGACACCUCUAAGAACAGAGCAACUUUAAAGGAGCCAACAGGUCCUCAUGGAAUGAGUGAGCUGUAGACCGAUUUGAGAACUGCUGCUAAAAUUGGGACGGGCUUUGCUGCAGUAGUGAGCUUCUUAAAGGGAGUAAAAGUUUGAAGAGAAAUUAGCAACCUUGAUGAUAAACAUGUUAACCAUUUUUCUUUUUUAGACAGGCCUAAACAUCUCAAGGCAAGAUUUUUUCCUUUGGGGAAAAAAAUACAACUUAGUACUGUGUAGAUGCUAAGGUUAUCACCUAUAACAUCUGUUAACUUGCUGUGUUGGCUUGUGCCGUCCGGUGCGGCAGCCACAAGCCACGCACGAGUCAGGCAUUGGCGUGUGGCUGGCUCACGUUCCUGUGUGCUGUAAGCGGUUUAUUGGAUUAGGAAGACAGUCUGAAAAAAAAACUCAUUUGAAAAUAUUGUUUACAUGUUGAAAUGAAUGAAUUUUUGAUAAUGGUGGCUUACAUAAAAUGUAUUAUUAAAAUUAGGUCCACCUGUUUCUCUUUAAAAAAUGUGGCUAGAACAUUGAAAUUACAUAUGUGGCUUGCAUUAUAUUUCUUCUACAGCACUGUUCUAAUUGUUUGUUAUUGAUUGCUAAUUUAAUUCCAUUGUGGUUUGAGAACCUACUCUGGAUGAUUUCAGUCCCUUUAAAUUUGUCGAAGCUUGUUUUAUGACCCCAGCACGUGGUCCGUGGUGGGGAGUGUUUUUUGUGCACAUGAAGUGUGUAUUCUGCAGGCUGUAAUGUUCUGUAAAUGCCAAUUAGGGAGGUCACGUCGAUAAGCAGAACUCAAGUUUUCUAUAUUUUUAAAUGCUUUUUCUCUCCACUUGUUCUGUAAAUUGCCGAGAGGUGUCGUGAAAUAACCAACUGUAAUUGUGGGUUUGCAUAUGUCUCAGUUCUUGUUUUUCUGUUGAGAAGUUUUGUCUGUAUAUACAUUUAGGAUUAUUACAUUUUCUUGCUGAAUUGUCACUUUUGUGAUUAUGAAAUGCUCUUCUUUAUAUCUGGCAGCAUUUGGCCUAAAACCUACUUUGUGUGAUAUUGAUGUUGCUACUCUAGUUAUCUUAUGAUUAGUGGUUGCAGGAUUAUCCUUUCUCACCCUUUUACUUUUAACCUCUCUGUAUUUUAAUAGUUAAUGUGGGUUUUUAUAGGUAUUAUAUUGUUGGUUGGGGUAGAUGUGUAUCUUAGACUGCUUGAUACUCCACAGGUUAUUGAGGCUUUGUUCCUUUUAAAAAUUAUUGUUUUUCUCCUUCAUUCUUUAUUUUGUAUAAAUCAUAUUGCAGUGUUUUGAGUUUGCUGAUUUUUUCUGCAGUGUCUGAUUUGUUGUUAUGCUUUUGCAGUGAAAUUUUCAUGUCAGAUACUAUAUUUUUGUCCUUAGCAGUCCCAUUUUGUUGUUUUUUAUAUUCAUAUUUUCCUUUACAUUCUUGAGCACAUAAAGCAUGUUUAUAAUAGGUUGCACUCCUUAUCUGCUAAACACUUUAGCAGAUAAGGAUUUUUUCCUGGUUCUAUUUCUAUUGACCGAUUUUUCUCCUGGAUCCCGGCCAUUUUCCAGUUCUUUGGUCUAGAACCUACAAAGGUUGGUACACAUUGCGAAUGUUACAUUGCUGGCUUUGUUUUAUUUGUAGCAGGCUUUAUUCCAGCAGAUAGUUAACUUCUUGAGGAUCAGUUCAAUCCUUUCGAGGCUUGUUUUCCAGCAAACCGGCCCAUGCCUGUUUCUGUAAAUAAAAUUGUAUUGGAACACA